AGCAAAGACGUUUCGAAUGCUGUCGUUCCAUGGACUGGGAGGGCUGAUGAUUGCAUGACAUCCAAUGCCAGGUGUGCCACGAUUCCCUUCGAAGGCAUGUCUUGGCCUACAGACACUGCCAGAGAGUGCUAAUAAAGCAAGAAGGAUUUUCACUUCCAAUCGAGCCAUCCUGAAUUCCUGAUAGAAUAUCAGACCACGUUGCCGCCAUGACCAUGUCGCGGACAGUGGUGGAAGGAUUCGAGCGUCAUUCCUGGAAGCACGAGACAGGCAGACUUGCGUGAAUAUUGCGGGGCGUUGAUGAUGAGACUAGCGUGACGAUGUUGCUGGCGAGUGGUUACGAUUCGCCGCAUCCUCGCUGGCACCGAGCACGUGCCUGUGCGGACGACCUCUUGGUGUGCUCAUCGUCUCAGUGUGCUCACCAGCAAGUCGUUCCUGUUGUACCAGCUCCCAAAUGCCUCCCGGACGUGGUGGAUCUCAUGACUGGUUGUGAGCUGCGAUGCAAGUGUUCGCAGCAAGCACAUCGUCCACCAGCAGUGUGGGUCCACGGUCCAGAGAUGUAGCAGAAUCGCAAGAUGACUGCCAUUGCACGGACGGUGAGGUGGUCGAACUCGCAUUCCGUCCGCGCCCAGCCUCGGAACGCUCGAAGCCUGUGCUAUCAGCGACCGGGGUUCCUCACC